AUGGCCGAACAUCCCGAGCAGCCAUGGCAAUACUACGAGAAGACCAACUUGUUGCUAGAGGUGAUCAAGAGCUCACGAAUCCACCCACAUCUCCUACGAGACAUAAUUUUACAGUACCGAAUUGCCAUUCCUGCUCUCGAGGAAGUCGCGCUUCCACAAGGUCGCUCACUACGCUCUUGCUCCAACAUUCUGGUGGAAUUGGGCUUAACGACAUACCCGCAAGGUCAGCCACAACAAUCAAGUCAACAUCCACAACAUUUUGGCGGACCUGUACAACAACAACUGCCACAUACGCCAACGCAGGUAUUGAAUACAUAUACACAACAGCCUCAGCCUCAACCCCAGCACCGUCCCUUGCAAGCUCAAAUGCAUUCAUCGUUGUAUCCUGUGAUCGGUGGUAGGGCCAUUCGACCAAAGACAUCGACGCCGGCGAUCAAUCCACAUGGCUCUCCUGCGCCCACAGAGCCGCCUGCCAAAAAGAAACGUGGACGUCCUACUAAAGCGGAGGUCCAGGCAAGAGCAGAGGCUGCAGCUGCAACAGGCACGGAGUCAGGUCCGCCGACGAGACCCGCUUCACAGGCGGCAACACCACGGGUACCACCACCACCGCUGUCAACAACAGCGGCAACGACGACAGCGACAGCGACAGAAUCGAGACCUGCACCUUUAUCUUCCUCCACAAGAUUCUCUAUCGCUCACAUACUGACGCCAACCACUGUCACACAGAGAGAGAGCCCGCCAAGCAAUCAUUCAAGUGGUGGAUCAUCAGGCAGGAGGCGAAGAGCGCGGGCUCGACAGUCGUCAGGGCCUGAAGAAAGAGCAACAGCGAGUAUCUCCGGAACCCGCGCGGAACAAUCGCCAGUGCUUGCUGUCCCUCGUCAACGCGAGUCUGGUGGUAGCGUGUUUGAGGAUACUCCAAUUCGCUCCAUUCACGGCCAGCUUGACCAAAGUGACGAGCUUCGCCUACCGCGCACGUCGCCACGUUUACUCAAUCGCCCAGAAUCGAGAUUGUCCCCUCGCGGAUCCGAUCCUGCUCGACUGUAA